AUGGACUAUUUCGAUGAAGAACCUGAAAAAAGAUUUGCGAAUCAAUAUUCAGAACAACAGAUACUUGCGUCUGGCUAUGCAAAUCAGAACAUUGGUACCAUAAACAGCCGCUGUACAACUCUUGGAAAACGUCAAAAUGAUGGUCCCGAAGGAACUCCCAAAGAAAAACGCCAAGAUACAACAGAUGUCUUGUCAACGGCUAGAGCAAUAAAUAAAGCAAACACAAAUGACAUGGAAGAUAAUAAUAUUUAUAUAACUUCGGUAAAUGAUACUCCGCAAAAGAAAAAAAGGAAUGAAGAUCAACCUUUACCUAGAUCCCAUCUUCCGAUUCCUGGGUCGCGAUUUGAUGCGUCAUCUGAAUUCAUCAGUUCAUGA